UUACAUGUUUCGAAUUUCCGCUUCCCCCGUCAACGCUGGCAAAGUUGGAAAUGCAAUGUUUUUUUACGGUUUUGGGAAAACAUCUGUCUAAAGCUAUUUGUUUUCUAGCUAUAUUUGCCAUUUUAACGACUUGUUUUUCAAAUUAGUCCAUUUGAAACGCCGAUUUGUUGUGAUUGAGAAGAAUUAGUUAAGUAAAGAAGUUAGAAGCUAGUGCUAACAGCAACUAACAAGUUAUCGUAUUAAUUUGUAAUUUCACCCAUAUAUAUACAGGCUAUGAGUUCACCUUUUUAGUAUUUUGGUAAAUGGAAAUGGUAUAAAUAAUUAAGAAGACAGCAUUUUUAUUAUAAAUACAACCAGGUAGUUGUUUUUUGUUUCUUUUGUUUUUUUUUAACGACAACAGCCUUUCAAUCAAUGCUUGUAGUUUGUGCAUAAAGUUUGCCAACCUUGAAUAAAAUACAUUAAAAUGGCGUCCAUGAAAGAUCCCUUUGAAUUCCAGGAUUUUGAUGACUCCGGAAAUCUCUUGGGGCCUAGUAGAGAUGCAGUCACGAUCAGCAUUGAGGAUGAAGACGAAGUUAAAUUUAACUCGCAGAAAAAGACUGCUGACCCCAGUGUUGGUGCAUAUGAGGAAGACCCAGUGUCCAGUGAUGACCAGACAAAGCUUCUCUCUGGACAAAAGAAAAAUGCUGCUUUCUGGACAUUUGAGUACUACCAGCAAUUCUUUGACAUUGACACAUACCAUGUUAAAGAAAGAAUACUGGGUUCUGUGCUGCCAUGGCCUAGAAAAAACUUUAUCCACACCUACCUUCGGAGAAAUCCCGAUCUCUAUGGGCCCUUUUGGAUCUGUACCACUCUUGUCUUUGCCAUUGCAAUUAGUGGAAAUAUUUCAACCUUUCUGGUGAAUUUAGGCAAUCCCAACUACAAGUACACCCCAGAGUUCCGGAAAGUGACUAUAGCUGCCACGGCCAUCUUCAGUUAUGCAUGGCUGGUUCCUCUGGCGCUGUGGGGUGUCCUGCUGUGGAGAAGCAACAAGGUCACGAACUUGGUGUCAUAUUCCUUUAUGGAGAUUGUCUGUGUGUACGGAUAUUCACUAGCAGUUUACAUACCAGCUGUGAUCAUUUGGAUUGUCCCAUUCAUGUGGCUGCAGUGGUUGUCGAUAAUGAUUGCCCUGUGCCUCUCUGGCUCUGUUCUGAUGAUAACAUUUUGGCCCGCUGUUCGGGAUGACCACCCUAAAGUUUACAUCGCCAUCCUUUCCACCAUUGUCACUUUCAAUGUCCUGCUCGCUGUGGGCUGUAAGAUGUACUUCUUCAGCAAACCAGAAGAACUUCCUCAAAAAUUCUCUGGUCCUACUGUAGGAGUUAAAAUAACUUCAAACCAUGUCUAA